AAAUUCGUUUUCCUUUGCUCUCCAACAUCACCUGAUCUUCCACAUAUAUCCCUUCAUAAACUAAAAGACCUCAUCUUCCUUCUUCAACACUCUCUCUCUCUCUCUCGCUCGCUGCCCCUCCCCGCAUUUUCGAUCCCAAAAUCUUACUACCACCCCUCGUCCGCCCGCCUCUUCCGAUCUCUUCUCUCCGGCCACCGCCUACUGUUGUGGGUUUCCUAACUUAUAGUAACACCUUCAUAUCUUUAUUCUUAAUCUUAGGGAUCGAAAAUUAGGGUUUCUCUGUUUCUGUAUUCGUCUUCGCUCUUAAAUCGUUGUUCGGGUUUGUUACUUGGGAGUUUCAGUCUUCGAUUUGGUGCGCUGGUUUCUCUGAGGAUUGGAAAUUAGGGUUUUGCAAUUUGGAGUGUUGAUUCUGGGAUAGGGUUUUGCUGUUGUGUUUGAUUUUCCGGCUAGGGUUUUUGGGUUGUUCUCGUUCGCUCCUGUGAUGCCGAAAAGUUCGCGGCACAAAUCGGGCAAGCAUAGUUCGAAGGAUGUUCGGGACUAUUCGGAUUCGGAGAGAGAUUCGAGUUUGAAAGAGAAAGAAAGAAAACCUAAAGAGGAGAGUAGCGGAAAGGUUUUCAAGGAGUCAGGAUCUGGGGAGAAGCGGAAGCUUGAUUCGAAAGAUGGUAGUAAGGACCCGCUUGGUUCUGGAAAUGGAGAGUAUUUGGAGGAUUACAGUUCCUCGAAGCGGCGCAAAGAGAGGGUUGACGAUGGAGUAAGUGACAGGUGGAAUGGUGGUGAUGAUGAUGGUAGAGGAGAAAAGAAGUCAAAGGUGUCAAGUGAAUCAAAGAGUAAGAGGCGGGAAGAGUUGGAAGGAGAUGAUUUGAAGAAGAGUAAGAGUGAGGGGAAGCAUAGAGAAUCUAGUAGAAGGGAUGAGAGGGAGAGGGAGAAGGAGAGGGAUAGGAAGGUUAAAGAUGGAAAGGCUGAGAGGUUUCUUGAUGGUGAAGAAUAUCGUGCCGCAAAACAGGCCGCUGAAAAAGCUGAGUUGGAUGCACAGGACCAGUUGCAAAGUCCUGAAUCAGAGAGUCAACUUGAGAGGCGAGUUAGGAGAAAGAGAGAUGGUCCUGGAGAUAUGGACAAGCAUCAGGAAGAUGAUGGAGACACCCUUGAUAGGCAGUUGUCUUUGAGGAAUGAUAUUUGCAGGGAUGGGAGACUGAAGGAUGAGAAGUACAAGGAUGAAAAAUAUAGAGAUAAGUAUCGAGAAGACACUGACAGAGAAGAGAGGUACCGAGAUGACAAAUUGAGAGAUGAGCGGCUUGUGAGAGAUCGCACCAUUGGCAGGUCUAGUGAUAAGCAUUCAAGAGAUGAUAAGGAUGCUACUGAAAUUCGACAGAAGAAAUAUAAGACUCAAGAUAGUGAUCGCGAGCAUGACCGUGACAAAGAGCGUGAUCGUGAUAGAGAGCGUGAACUUGAUAGGGAUAGGGACCGUGAUCAUGAUGUUGAUAUAGGUCAUGACCGUGAUCGUGACCGUCACCGAGACCGUGAUUAUUACCGAGAACGUGAGCGCAACAGGGAUCGUGAUUCUGAUCGUGAUUGGGAUAGAGACUUGGAGUGGGACCGGGACCGAGAUAGGGAUCGAGAGCGUCACCAUGACCGUGACCGUGACCGUUACCGUGAUCGUCGUGAGAAUGACAGGGACAGAGAUCGUGACCGAGAUCGAGAUGUUGAGUAUGAUGGGUCUUAUCUUGAUGACCGUAAUGCUCGACAUAAAGACAGCAGAGGAAGGAAGAGAUCUCCAGAUGACCAUGAUGAUAUUUAUGAUACUAAAGCCAAAGGUGUCAAAUCUCAAUUUUCUGAAAUGGAAACUAAAUCUUUGAGCAGUAGUAGACUUGAAUCAGAUGCUGAUAGGGGAAGGUCUAUGUCCCGUCAAGCUCAUUUUGAUGCUGUUGUAGGUGGCAACAAAAGGAGGACUUCCCCCAGCUCCAGUUCCCUUGCUGGCACUGAUGAUUACAGGCAUGUGAAACCGGAAGAUCUGAAGUAUAGGGACCCUGGUGCCGAACAGAGGUCCAAAGGAUCUGCAAGAGAGGUUACUGGUUUUUCUGGAUCAUCAGAGAGAGGAUCUAAGUAUAGAACUAUGGAGAAAUCUAGUAAAGUUGACGAUCAUAUGGGGGAGUUGCCAACUGAGCUGUCAUCAAGUUCUAAAGCCUCCCCUGUUAGUUUGAUUGAAAGAUCCCCUUCUUCAACAAGUUUUGAGCGUCGAUCCACAAGAGCUGGUGGUAGGUGGAGUGUUGACGUUGAAGAAACAGGGUGGAGGGGCAGUGCUUCUGUUGAAGACAGAUCAAAUCGGGAAUUACCGUUUGAGAAGCCUUAUUUGGAUGAGUCCUCUCAGGAUCCAGCCUUCUAUAACAAGAGCAACUCAUCUAUGAAUCAUCCCCCUCCUGCUUUUAGGCCUGGACAUGGCAGCCCCUCUUUUAUGGGAUCCAUUGAAGAAGAUAACAGAAUAAACAUUAGUGCUCGUUACAAAAGAAGUGGUGAUCCUAAUGUUGGCAGAGGGCAAGGAAAUGCUUGGAGGGGUGCCCCAAACUGGGCUGCACCAGUUCCAAAUGGCUUCAUCCCAUUUCAACAUGGUCCACCUCAUGGUGGCUUCCAACCUAUGAUGCCACCAUUUCCCUCUCCCUCACUGUUCAGUGUCAGAGCCUCAAUGGACAUUAAUCAUGCAGGGAUUCCAUUUCACAUCCCUGAUGCUGAAAGGUUUUCUGGUCAUAUGCGGCCAAUUGGCUGGCCAAAUAUGAUGGAUGGCUCUGGGCCAUCCCAUUUGCAUGGUUGGGAUGGAAAUAAUGUUUUUAGGGACGAACCACACAUGUAUGGAGGGCCUGAGUGGGAACACAAUAGGCAUCCCAUGAAUGGUCGGGGGUGGGAUCCCAAUUCAGAUGUGUGGAAAGGACAAAAUGGUGAUGUUGACUUGUCUUCUUCAUCCCAUAAAGAGGAUAAUGCUGUGCAUGCCCCCAUUGAUGAUGUUUUUAAUGGACAGGAUGUUCAGAAGUGUCAAUAUGAAAAUGACCAGAAUGGUCAGGUGAAAAACCAUGAAAUUAGAUCCAGUAUCUCAUCUCCAGCAAAAGAACCUUCUAAAUCUCCACCUGAGAUUUCACCUGAGCUGACAUCCAAUUCUUCUAAAAUAUCUAGUGACGACAAUAGUGACCACUUUUGCCAUGUUUAUCUUUCUAAGAUUGACAUUUCAACAGAACUUGCUGGUUCAGAGUUGUAUGCCCAGUGUAUGAGCGUACUCAAUGGGGAGAAGAGUGAACCCUUGGUUAAAGAUGCAGCUAUGCCUGUAAAUUUGAGGGCUGGCGGACGAGCUGUAGUAAAAUCUUCUAUUGCCUUUUCAAAUCCAUCACUUAUUCCUCCAGCAAACAAUUCUGUCUUUAAGAAAGCUUUGGAUCUCUACAAGAGGCAUAGGGUAGAGAUGACUGGUUUGCCACCUGUUAAAAGUCAGUCAGAUUUUGUUUCAGCAUCCAAUCUGGAGCAAAGGGAGGAGAAAGGUUCCCUUUACAAUUUGGAAACAGCACCGGAGGUUGCUAUGAUAUCUGAUGCAGAAAUGCUGGAUGCAGCAACACCAAAUUCAGAUCAGAAGAAAGCAGGUGCCAUUUCACCCGUUGCUUCUCAGCAAAGUUUGAUAGUGCCAGCUUCAGUUCAGGAUGAGGAGACUCAAGAUCAUCCAGAGAGCCCUUCUCAGAAGAAACUGGAGUUGCCAAAUCCAGCUACUGUUAAUGAGAGCCUAGAGGAGCCUAAACCUGUUUUGAGUGGUGACAAGAUGGAUGAAGUUGAGUCCGAACAGAUGGUUGUGGACGAUGUAGGCAGAGAUAAUGCAUCGCAGGCUGCUGUUUUGCUCACUGACGGUGAAUGCCUAAAUAACAUGGAAGUUGAUUCUUCUGUCAACUGUCCCCAGGAGAGGCAGGCUUUUGAUCAUGCAAUUAGUGGUUCUUUAUUUUUAUCAGAUGGUUCUUCUAAGGUAUCUGGGACCUUAAUAAUGCCUGGAUCAAAUGAGUCUGAGUCGGUAAUUUUAAGUCGGAUACAUCAUUCUCCCGAAAGUACACAUUGAGACAAUUUCUAUAUCCUUGUUCUUUAUUGCGUUUUUUCAUUAUUCUUGCUAAUGUUUUUGUUGCCUCUUUUCAAGGAAAUAAUAAUAAAAAAAAAAGAAGCUC